UUGCAAAUUUUGGUGAAUCGUAAAGAUGGUGGUAAUUUGAUGAACGAGAACGAUCUGGAUGAGCUGAUGGCGAUGCAUCGAUUUGUGGUCAAUAAUGUGACCAUUGACGAUGGUACCAGUACUGGUCUUAGCUAUCGCGAUAUCUGCGGUAUCUAUUGCAACGACAGCAAUAAUAUAGUCCUCAGCUUUAUCCAGGUCAAUUUGCAUCUACCAAAUGGCCGGAAAGUUGCUAAGGACUUUGAAUCUCAGCUGAGAACGUUGUUUUCAUCAGCAACCAUUGAAUCCCAGAAUUUGAUGUACGCGUUGUUGAGCAGGGAUCGUGAGAUGGAGGAGCAACGGAAAAUUACGCUGGUCGCUUUGCCAUUCCUCGGUCUUACGGGCCUCGUUUUGACAGCAUUCAUGAUCAUUAGCUUAAUCAACUUUCCACUUCGCAAAAGCCAGCAUAUUGAGGCAGUAUUCGCAGUGGUAUCGCCAUCGAUGGCACUGGUAACAUCAGGGGGCGUUUUGUGGGGUCUUGGCUUCCCAUUUUCCAAUAUUCUUACCGUCGUGCCUUUUCUUGUUGUUACAAUUGGCGUUGAUGAUGCUUUUCUUAUUCUGGCCGCAUGGAGGCAUUCAAACCCAGCUGUUGCUGAUCUCAAAGCUCGGAUGGGCGAAACAAUGAUGCGAUCCGGAGCCAGUGUUACUGUAACUUCGCUUACCGAUAUGACCUUUUUUUCUGCAAUUGUUGUUUACUGUGGAAGACGAAAGAUGCGACAAGCUAACGAAAAACGGUGUUACAAAGAGGUACGUCGUUGCAUUUUGUCAGUUUCUACUUCGAUUAAGCGCCCAUACGGCAUUCAGAGCACAACUUCGAGCAGUAGUAUCCUGAAUAGGUUGUGGGGGAAAGCAAGUUGUUCGAGCUCGAACAAGGUGUAUUGUGUUGGUGUCGGUGUCACGAAAUAUUCCUUGUCAAAUGGUGAUACACAACCAAGGAUAGCAGAGUCCAAGCAGCAAUCCUCUAUGCUACAACUGUACAUCCAUUUCCUCCAUUCACCCUUCAUCAAAUGUGCUACUGUUGCUGUCUUCGUCGCUCAUAUCGCUGUGUCAUCAUAUUUAUGUACAAAAGUGAAUACCGAUUUUGAUAUGGAGAAUCUGUAUAUGAAAGAUUCGCCACUGAACGCAAUCUCGCGACAGAUGCAGCGAUUUGUGCUCAGCGAGGCGUUCGUCGUAAAUUUCGCGCUCCAUCCGAUGCCCAAUUUUGCGGACGCUUUCAUUCGUGACAAAUUCGACCAGCUGAUUGAAGAGCUCGAAACAAUCCCUCGUUACGGAAUGGGCCCUGAUGGGACGGUCCUCUGGACACGGGAUUUUGCCGAUGUUAGUAGCUCAUCAUCAUGUUUCAUCAUUCCUUCCUCGACAAGCGAUAAGAAUCGAAGCGCUUGCAGUCAAUCGUUUAAUUGCGGUUUACCUCAUUUUUUAAAGCCGUUUUUGAAUCUCUGA